AGGCUUCUCGGCGGCCUGCUUGCCGAUGGCAUCGACGAGCGAUCCUGCCAAAGCAGGUACCAGUCAGCGAUGUACCGCCGGAAAGCCGGCAGGAAGCCCUCCCCUUAUCUCGUCUCCAAGCUACGGCGGCACGAGGGUCUGCAACAACGCUGCGGCCCGGGGACCGCCGCCUACAGAGAGGCCGCUGAGCAGCUCCGGUCAGGGAAGAAUGUCGGCGUAAUCGGGUCACCCGACUGCAAGUACCUUGUCUCAAUAUCAUACCGCGGCCUCGGGAACCGUAUGCUGGCCGCCGCGUCGGCGUUCCUCUACGCGGUGCUCACCGACCGUGUCCUCCUUGUUGACCCCAGCAACGAGAUGGGCGAGCUAUUCUGCGAACCCUUCCCCGGCACGACGUGGCUGCUGCCGGCGGACUUCCCAUUGACGAGCUACACGAACUUCAGCGCCGACACCGCCGAGAGCUACGGGAACAUGCUUAAGAAGAAGGUGAUCGGUGCCUCGUCCACAAGGGCGGAGCAACUGCCGCCGUUCGCGUACAUCCAUCUCGACCACGACUACACGGAUGAAGACAAGCUGUUCUUCUGCGACGAGGACCAGAGGGUUCUCCGUGAUAUUCGUUGGCUGGUGAUGAGGACGGACAACUACAUCGUGCCGGGGCUGUUCUUGGCCACGGGCUUCCAGGAGGAGCUCGACAUGCUCUUCCCGGAGCCGGACACCGUGUUCCACCACCUCGGCCGAUACCUGUUCCACCCCAACAACCACGUAUGGGGCCUCGUCACGCGGUACCACGACGCAUACCUCGCGGCGGCGAACCAGCGAGUCGGCAUCCAGGUGCGCGUCUUCGGCAACGUACCAGAGUCACCGGAGGUCCUGGAGCAGAUCACCUCGUGCACGCAGAAGGAGGGUCUGCUGCCGGAGGUGCUCGCCGUGGGGACCGCCACCGCUCCGCCAACGCCUGGCGGCAAGUCUAUAGCCGUGCUCGUCACAUCCCUCAAGACCUGGUACUACGACAAGAUCAAGAGCAUGUACUGGGAGCACGCGACGGCCACGGGCGAGGCGGUGGGCGUGCACCAGCCCAGCCACGAGGAACACCAGCAGUUCGGAGCCAAGUCGCACGAUGCCAAGGCGUGGGCGGAGAUAUACCUGCUGAGCCUCACGGAUGUGCUGGUGACCACCGGCUGGUCGACGUUCGGGUACGUGGCGCAGGGCCUUGGCGGCCUCACACCGUUGAUAAUGUACAAGCCAGACGACAACGGCUCCGUUGUGCCCGAUCCGCCGUGCAGCCGGGACCUGUCCAUGGAGCCGUGCUUCCACGCGCCGCCGUACUACGACUGCAGGCUCAAGAAAGGGGCGGACACCGGGAAGAUUGUGCCGCAUGUCCAGAAUUGCAAAGACAUGAGCUGGGGAUUGAAGCUUGCUCCUCGUAGUGCAACAUAG